CCCUGGGCUGAUGGGACUUCCUCAGCCCAGGCUCCCACCCCUAGUUGCACAUUGCUUCAGCCAAUGGCUACCUGGAGGCCGCUGAGCUGUUGCUGGAGCACAAGGCCAACUUGAGCGCCAAGGACCAAGAUGGUUGGGAGCCACUGCAUGCAGCAGCCUGCUGGGGCCAGGUGCAUCUGGUGGAGCUGCUGGUGGCCCAUGGAGCUGAUCUGAAUGGGAAGUCACUGCUGGAUGAGACGCCCCUGGAUGUGUGUGGGGAUGAAGAGGUGCGGGCCAAGCUGCUCGAGCUUAAGCACAAGCAUGAAGCUAUCAUGCGCUCCCACGACCGCCACCGGGGCUCGGGCUCCCUGCUCCAGAGACGAACCUCCAGUGCAGGCAGCCGCGGGAAGGUUGUACGUAGAGUGAGCUUGACAGAGCGUACCCACCUGUACCGCAAAGAGCAUGCACGUGAGGCCAUUGUGUGGCAACAGCAGCCCUCCACUGCCACUGAACCCCCAGAAGAGGAUGAGGAUAAGCAGACAGAUGCUGAGCUCCAGCCACAGGCUGUGGAGACAGACCUUGAGGCCCUGAGACAUCGAAAUGGCAGUGCAGGGGUGGCCCCAGGCCCCCCUAGCAGACACCUGUACUCCAAGAGGCUGGACAGAAGUGUCUCCUACCAGCUGGCCACACAGGAGCCACCUGUGCCUGGACCCCUCACUCGGGACAAGGCACACCAUACACUGGCUGACCUCAAGUGCCUAGAUGCCCUGGGUUUGGGACAAGGGAAUGUGAGAGUCCAUAUUUUUAUUUCGUGAAACUUGAUAAAAAGAAUCUUCUGCCAUU